GUAGGACGCGCUGCUGACUGCCCCGGGGGCACGCGGCACGUGGAAGUGUUCGGGCGGAGAACAGAGCAGAGGUAGAGAAUAGCGUACAGUGGCGAAGGAACAGACAGAGGUGAACAGAUGGUGCGGCAGCGACCAGAGGAGUCCUUCAGCUCCGACCAGCACGGCAGCACCCUCCCCGCGCCAUCAGAACCGGGGGGACCGGGACCGCCGAGCCGGACUGGCAGUAACCCUGCGGGGACAGACCGACUGCCGACCGCGGGCUCAGAGUGCCACCCUCCCGGGACUGCGGGGUCAGUGGCUAGCCCUCCCGAGCCCGCGGGGUCAGAGACAGUUUCGCUGCUGGCCGACUGCGGCCUGCGCAGCGGCCGGCCGCGGCGGCUGGUGCACCCGCUGGACGAGGGGAUCGCCGGCAGUUUCGUGCAGUCGCUGUUGGUGGUGGCCGCCAGUCUGACGGUGGGUAUCUGUCUGACGGUGUGCGCGCUGCUCGUGUACCCGGUGGCGGCGGCGGCGCGCCGGCUGGCCGCCGUCUGCAGCCACCACCUGCGCCAGUACCCGCUCAAACACCGGCUGAGCGUGGCGCUGGGACUGAUGGCGCCGCAGGACGCCCAGUGGCUGCUCCCCGGCGGGCCCGUGCAGCCAGUCUACCAGGCGCUGCUCUUCUGCCCGGUGCCUUUCAGUCUGUCCUCCUUCCGCGCCGCUGUCGAGGGCCGGUUGCGCGUGCGGGCGGCCGCGGCGCCGGCCUCCGUGGGCCGCCUGUUCCAGAAGGUGGUGCCUGUGGCCGGGGGACUGGCCUGGGUGGACGACGAGAGGUUCAGUAUCGAGUCGCACAUCAGGGCCGGCCCGGAGCUGGCCAACACCGCCGAGCUGGGCCGCUUCGUGUCGUCGCGCCUGGUGCUGCCGCUGCCGGCGGACCGCCCCCUCUGGGAGGCCGUGGCACUGCCCCUGCCCGACUCAGAGGAGACGUGUGUCCUGCUGCGGGCGCAUCAGGCCCUGUCGGACGGCGUCGGCCUGCUGCGGGUGCUCUGUCACGCGCUGGCCGACGCGCCGGCCGAGGAGGAGCACAUGAAGCCGACGUUCGGCAGCCUCACCUACUCGUUGAACGUGCUGCGCGCGCUGUUCGUCACGCCCGUGACAUUGGCGGAGUGGCUGGUGACCUCCCUGCGGCAGCGGAGGCCCGCGCCGGCCCUGCGCGACUGGCAGGACGCCGACGUCAGCCUCGGCUCGCUCAGCUGGGAGCACGUCUGUCAGGUGAAGCACGUGACGCGCCAGUCGGUGCACGAGAUCCUGCUGGCGCUGACGGCUGGAGCCUUCAGAAGGGAGCUGCAGAGGGCUGGCCUGGCUAUCCCGCCCGACCUCAAGGUGGCCACGCCGGUGGACCUGCGGCACCACGAGGCUGCCGGCGGCGACGCGCGCCUCGCCAACACCUUCUCCCUGUCGCACGUGCCGCUACCGACGCGCACUGAGGGCGCCGUGCCGCGACUCUGGGCCGCUCGCCGUGUCAUGGAUGACCUGAAGACGUCGGCAGACAGGGCCGUCAGCCGGCUGCUGACACGUGCCUUCUAUACGCUGCUGCCGGCCUCCUGGGCGCACCGGCUGGCGCAGCGCUCGCUGCUGCUGCCAUCUACCGUGCUGCUGGCGAACCUCGCCGGCCCCGAGGCUCCCAUUCAGCUCGGUGGAUGCCAGGUGCGCGCCAUGUUCACGCUGAUGCCGCCACCGGCGUCAGCGCACGCCUCCAUCAGCGUCAUCACGUACGGCGACACGGUGAACGUCUGUGUAGUAAGCCGGGCUGCCGGUGGCGGCCGGCCCGCGCGCCGCCUCCUCACCGAGCUCCGCAGACAGCUGAGGACCAUGUACCGCUUACUCCGUCACCGCCGGUGCAGCAGGGACGGCGGCAGAGCGACUCUCAGUCCCAACAGCUCGCCCGCGCCGGCCAGGUCAACACACGAGCUGCAGGAGCGGCUGAGUGGGGUGCAGAGUCAGCUGCAGGCGUUACGAGCGACAUCCACCGCCGACGACUCGGAACAGGAGCUGUGUGAGGACCGGCAGCACGCGGCGCGCCUGCAGCGCGAGUUUGCUGAACUGCUGACGGAGCUGCAGCGGCGCCGCUCUCCACUAGGUGGCGGCGCCGUCGUCACCUGCGAGGCGGAGGCGGCAGAGGUGGAGCUGCGCCGGCCCAAAAAGCUGACGGUCGUGUCUCGCCAGAGCUCCACCAGUUCAGCCUCGUCCCAGAGCAGGCCGCUACCGUUCGGCGACGCCGAGGACCUACGGUCGAUGGGCUCGAUGACAUCGGUGUCAUCGGAUGCCUCUGUGCGCGGCAGUCCCCUUGCGCGACAGCCGGCCGCUCCGGGGCACGGGCCGGUCAGGAGCGUCGCCCAGACCCACGGGAGCGUCGCCCAGACCCACGGGCCGGCCAGGAGCGUCAGCCUGGCGCACGGGCCAAUCAGGAGCGCGGCCCACCCUGUGUCUCAGUUCAGUCCACCGGUGCAGCAGCGCUCCUGACACCCCGUGACCUUCCACCGGUGCAGCAGCGCUUCUGACACCCCAUGACCUGAACAGCAAACCGCUGCCGCUGCCACUCGCUCCGCGGAUGUGGCGGCGCUACUGCUGACUCUAUAAUGUGCAUUUUAAUACAGAUUAGUGAAUUAAUGCCUACUCGUAUGCUGUGACAUUCCCAAUUCAUGCAUUGAUCAAUAAAUGCAGCAUGUUUAAAAUA